AUGGCCUUCGCCGGGUCUCGACUACCUGUUUACCAAACGUACCACUUGAAGGGCGCCAUUCUAAUGCGAGCGUUCAACGUUGUUUUCUUGUACAAGUAUCAACAGUUUGUCCAUUUACACGUCAAGAUUGAUUACCUUGGCAUCCUGCAGGCUUCGCGGACAAGCAUAGCAAGUGUUAAACACGACUACAUCUAUGCAACCCUAGGACAUCAAGCAGCUCGCAAAGUUUACCGCCAUGACAAUACGCAGGCAGAUCAGACGAAGGAAAGUUUAUCACCUGUGCAGCCUGACUGCGCGAAGAGGCCAUCUCGCGUAUUCAAAGAAGCUUCCGAGGCAAUAUUGACAGAGACUGGCAACCUACGACUCCUCUCAGCUGUCGAACAGGACGAACGUACCAUCAUGCUGGAGGGUCAUCCUUCAUGGGUCCCCAGAUGGGAUACCCGCAAACACUGCAUUACACUGGGAGACGGAUUGAAUAUCACCAGUAAUGAACUCGCCUACAACGUGUCUUCUGGCUCUUCCACACUCCAGCGUAUCUCCGUCGAGGGUGACGUUCUAAUGUUACGAGGAUUUGAGUUCGAUGAGGUUGCCAGUUGCAUCGUAUCAGUCCCGUUCGAGCGCUAUGGCAAAAAUCCGGAUGCACUCGACAUCAAGAUGUCUGGCUCCAUACACGAUAUACUUAGGCGUCUACACGACAUUAGCUCGCCAUACACAGACCAGGACGCGAAGGGAGUCACCAACGGGCUGGCCACAGCGUUAGGGCGUACGCUAACGGCCGGACUGACUAACUGGAGCGCUGUACAGAGCUCUAUGUUCUUGCACGGUCCCGCGGCGAUAUCGGACGAGGAGACACUAGAUGCGAAUUUUGCGGCCUUUAUCUCGCGUUCGGUAGCCCAGCGCACCCGUGCAUCACAGGCGGGGAAGGGCGAUCGUCUCCAGUUCCUCAUGGACAUGCAGGUGGUCAUGGCGAACCGGCAGGUCUUUACCACGAAACGCGGCUUUCUAGGCAUCGGACCGCGCGCCUUGAGGGAGGGCGACACCUGCUGCAUCCUAUUUGGGGCCAUGGUACCUAUAAUGCUGCGGCGGAAGCCCAACAGUAGAUAUGUGCUUGUUGGCGAAAGCUACGUGCACGGCAUUAUGCAGGGCGAGACGAUGGAAGCCUUUCGCGAGGGAAAGUUCGACGUGGCAGACUUCGGUCUUGACUAG